CAUCACCUGAACCCUCUCACCUCAACUUCAUGCACAGCCCCCCAUUUCCCCACUCACGUCUUCUCGUACCACUUAUUCUGUCCCAGUCCAUCCUCGAUUCUUGUCGUUUUCCUUAACACAGCAUCAUGCUCGGUAGCUCAGAGGCCGAUAUAUCAAUCUCGAAGUUAUCGGUGGAAAAAAUCUUCAAGUUCCUCCAAGCGCAUUUCCGCCGGCAUUUACAUAUCCAUCAAUGUUGACUCGAGGAGACGCUGGAAAUCAGCCACCAGAGUUCUAUCAUCCGACGAAUCAGUAGCGUGGGGCGAUGCCGUGACCCUGUACAGUGCAUGGCGAUUUUCGGAUGCGACGAUGACUGAUCUUCCGCUUGUAGAUUAUAGACAUAUCACCCGAACUAUCGGCGGAGAUCAGGGCAUCCUUCGAGUUCGAUCGGAUAUUGGGCAGUGGAGAGGUCGUUGGAAACUUGAGACGUCAUGGGAUGUACUGCUCGACCGUGGAGAUGAGCCUUUCGACAUCUCGUUCCCGCCCGUUUAUGGUGACGGCGCACUACUUAACUCCAUCGUUGAAAGUGAGAUUGCUCGAGACACGGAUGCGGGCCAUGAACGAUUUGCCACAUAUGUGACAAGCAAGACGGUCUCACACCUGAAUGAUGCCGUACAGCAUUUUCAGUUGGUCCUGGACCAAUGUCCGAUCGGCCAUCCUGACCACGCAGGGGCUCUCACCGACCUUGCGUGGGCCCGCCUUCGAUGCUACAUUCAAAAGGAUCUUCAAGCCAUCGACUGUAUAACUUCUCUCUUCCGUGGAGCCCUUGCAUUGCGUCCGCAGGGCCAUCCCAAUCACGCAUUAUCCAUCUAUCAUCUCAUUGACGCGUUGAUCUUGCGCUACAAACAGGAGAACUUCACCGCCGUCUAUAUCCAUGAAUCCGCGCAACUGUCCUGCAAGCUACUGCCCCUCUGUCCAGAGGGCACCUACCUUCGUAGCAUUGCGGCGGGGGCAGAUGGCAUUGAUUUUGUAAUCUGCGAAUGCAACAAUCUUCCAAUAGACGCAUCUGAUGAAGACAUCCACCUUCGACGAGUCGUACUCAAGCUCUGUCCUCUGGGCAAUGAGCACUGUCCAAAAGCACUAGAUAAUCUUGCAUGGGCCCUCGGUUCACGUUUUGAACAACGCAGCAGUAUUGGUAAUCUAGAAGAGUCCUUGUCACUCUGGACCUGCUUCAAUUGCCAAGACAAAUAUCAUGAUCUCAACGAGGCCAUCUCUCUGUACAAAGAAGCGCUGCGCCUGUGCCCUGUUGGACACGAAUCUUGUGACUUCUCAUUGGACAACCUAGGAGUCGCCCUCUUCACCCGUUUCAACAAACGCGGUGAUGUUAAUGAUAUCAACGGAGCCAUCAGCACUUCAGCCUCCAUCACGAGGCACUGA